AUGAGUGAUGUUAGUCGUUUUUUGAAAUAUCGAAAGCUCAUGUUGUGUUUCAUUGGUCCUUAUCAUAUUUUGAAGAGAGUCGGAGAAGUGGCCUACGGAGUUAAUUUACCACCGUCUCUUUCGAAUCUUCAAUGUGUGUUUCAUGUGUCUCAACUUCGAAAGUAUGUUCCAGAUCCGUCUCAUAUAAUUCAAAUGGAUGAUGUGCAAGUGAGAGAUAACUUGAUUGUAAAGGCAUCACAAUUACAAAUUGAUGAUAAAAAAGUGAAACACUUAAGAGGUAAAGAUAUUAUCUUGGUGAAGGUUAUAUGGGGAGGACAUGUUGGAGGAAUCAUGACGUGGGAGCUGGAGAGUCGGAUGAGGGAGUCUUAUCUAGAGUUGUUUCGUUCAGGUAUUUGUAUAAUUGAUUAA